AUGGAUCAAGUUGCACCUGCCGCCGCGUGUCCUGCUAAAUACGAUCCGACACAAGUGGGCUAUUUAAGAGAGCCCUGUAUUCUGGUAGACGACGAUGACAAGAUUUUGGGCCCCAUUUCGAAGCACGAUGCGCACUGGAAACAAGGCUCGCUUCAUCGCGCCUUUUCGGUUUUUCUUUUCAAUGAAAGGGACGAGCUUUUGCUCCAGCAGCGCUCAUCAUUCAAGAUUACAUUUCCGCUGCUGAAGACAAACUCAUGCUGCAGCCAUCCGCAAUAUGUUCCAAACGAAAUGGACCACCCCGUACAGGGCACCAAAGUCGCUGCAAUGAGGAAGCUCAAGCACGAGCUGGGCCUCGACCCGUCGACGAAAACGAACGUACCUGCACAUCUUUUAAUGUCGCUAGUUGAUUAUGUGUUUCUUUUGACGCUGACCGAUCCUCAAUUGUCGGUAAAUCCAAAUGAAGUUGCCCAUGUACAAUGGGUCACCCCCUCCCAACUAAACCGCAUGUUUGCGCACGAUCCUGCUCAAUUUACACCCUGGUUCAGGCUGAUGGUCGAAAGCGGCCUGCUGGACAAAUGGUGGCUCAGCCACCGCUGCAAGGGAGAGCCAGCGCCCGAUGAGAUUUGCAUCCAAGCAUUCGAUAAUGCAUUAGAAAUAAAGCCCCAACGCUGA